UUAGCCUGUAUAGGGUGUUUCGAAAUUACCAAAUGUUCUCUUUACCAGAGAUCACUCGAGUGAUCGGAGGAUGAUUUUAUUCUCAAUGAAAAGAUAAGCGUUUAUUAAACUUUAAGUGAUAUCUGGCAAAUUAAACUGAAAGGAAUAACAUUGAUUUAUCUCUUUUGACCAUUUUUUAACGAACGAGUUCUCCUAGAUGACGCCACGUGAGCGUGAAUGCGGUCAUCUUUUUGUUGUCGCGAGGAAUACCUUUGCAUGUCGUUCGUGACAUUAUUCUAUGGUGUUCCAUAGAUUGACAUAUGCGUUCUGACGUUGACAGUUACAACGAUGGCUGUAAAAUGUCAAUGAAGAUCUGACACGUUUAUAAGGGAAAUCCAUCGAGAUCUAUACAUGAUGGAUCUGGCUAAAUCAUUCUUCAACGUUCGUGAUCACGAAGGUUACGUCGGGAAAGAGGAGCACAAUAAAAAAAUAGAAACAGCUGUCUCCGAGGAUGAAGUCGAAGUAGAGGUCGGAGGUUUGUGCUGCGAGACUCUGUCCCCGGCACCAGGUGGCCCGUUUUCAGCGUUGACGCCGUCAAUGUGGCCUCAAGACAUCCUAGCUAAAUUGAAUCAACCUGAUGAUCCGAAUUCACAGCCUGAAUACAGAUUUGACGAAUUUGGUUUUCGUGUGGAAGAGGAAGAUGGUCCUGAACAGAGUUCAAAGAAGUUGUUGGGGAUACCAUUUGUUGAAGACCCUCAGCAUAGAUUGCAAUGGGUAGCUCUCUUGGAAUUUAGUCACAACAAAGAAGUAGCAGAGCUUUCAUGGCAAAAUAUGGAUCGCAGGCUACCACGUACAGAUAAAUUGCGUGAGAUGGUGCGACGUGGCAUACCUCAUUCCUUGAGACCACAAAUUUGGAUGCGCAUGUCAGGAGCACUUCAGAAAAAGUGUUCAUCAGAAAUCAUGUAUAAAGACAUAGUGAAAGCCUCAAGUAAUGAUGCAUUAAUGACAAAUAAACAAAUAGAGAAAGAUCUCCUUCGCAUUAUGCCAGCCAAUGCAUGUUUCAGCCAUCUCCAUAGUACUGGUAUACCCCGUCUGAGGCGUGUUAUGCGUGCCUUAGCUUGGCUAUAUCCUGAUAUUGGUUAUUGUCAAGGCACAGGUACGAUGGCAGCGUCGUUAUUAUUACUUUUGGAAGAGGAAGAUGCAUUCUGGAUGAUGGCGACAAUAGUGGAAGAUUUGUUACCAGCCUCUUAUUACUCUUCAACAUUGUUAGGUAUUCAAGCCGACCAAAGAGUACUUCGCACAUUAGUAACUAAUUACCUCCCCGACAUAGAUCACGUUUUAGUGCAACACGACAUAGAAUUAAGUCUCAUAUCUCUUCACUGGUUUCUGACUUUAUUCGCAUCAGUUGUACAUAUGAAAAUAUUAUUGCGGAUAUGGGAUAUGUUCCUUUUCGAUGGAUCUAUAGUUUUAUUUCAAAUCACACUCGGGAUGUUAAAAAUAAAAGAAACGGACUUGAGAUUGUUAGAGAACUCUGCGCAAAUAUUUAAUGCGCUUUCAAACAUACCGGGGGACGUCGACGACGUGGACCAAUUAUUCACUGUAUCCUUAGAAGUUAGUGGAUCAUUGACAGAUGUAUUAAUUGAAACUCACAGACGUCGCCAUUUGGCGUAUUUAAUGGCUGAUCAGGGUGGAUUAGUGGGGAAUCCAGAUGCUGCACCGAAUUUGCCGAAGCAACAUUUGAAUAGACGUCAAAUGAAACGAAAUAAAUCAAUGUUGCAAACGUUUCUAUUUGGGAACGAUGAUGGCGAAGAUGAUGCGAAAUCUAAAAAUAUUCGUCAAACAGAAAUUCUAGUCGACUUGAGGGAAGCUGUCUUACAAGUGGCGAGGCAUUUCAUAAACGUCGAUCCAAAACUGAACAGUAUUAUGCUCAUAGCAGAUUACACUAUGGAAAGUCACGCGAAAGACCAUGAUAAUUAUGUGAACGUAUCGCGAACUCGGAAGAGAAGAGCAAAGGCUUUAUUAGACUUUGAAAGACACGAUGAUGAUGAACUCGGUUUUCGAAAGAACGAUAUAAUCACGAUAAUUAGUCAAAAGGACGAACAUUGCUGGGUAGGAGAACUCAAUGGAUUGAGAGGAUGGUUUCCCGCGAAAUUUGUAGAACUACUAGAUGAACGGAGUAAACAAUACACGUGCGCUGGUGACGACGCAGUCAGUGAAGCUGUCACUGAUUUAGUGAGAGGUACACUAUGCCCUACUAUGAAAGCGGUAUUAGAACAUGGUAUGAAGAGACCAUCAUUUUUGGGCGGACCAUGUCAUCCGUGGCUAUUCAUAGAAGAGGCUUCCAACAGAGAAGUGGAGAAAGACUUCAAUUCCGUUUAUAGCCGAUUGGUUCUAUGCAAAACAUACAGAUUGGAUGAAGAUGGUAAAGUUCUGACUCCAGAAGAGUUGUUAUAUCGUUGCGUUCAGUCUGUGAAUUUAACGCAUGACAAUGCACACGCUCAGAUGGAUGUAAAAUUACGUUCCCUUAUCUGCCUCGGAUUGAAUGAGCAAGUACUGCAUUUAUGGUUAGAGGUUUUAUGUUCAUGCGUGGAAGUGGUACAAAAGUGGUAUCAGCCAUGGAGUUUCAUAAAUAGUCCAGGCUGGGUGCAAAUCAAGUGUGAAUUGAGGAUAUUGAGUCAAUUUGCGUUUAACUUGAAUCCUGACUGGGAACUACCGCCUAAAAAGGAGCAAUCGCAGCCUUUGAAAGACGGGGUCCGUGAUAUGCUAGUCAAACAUCAUUUAUUCAGUUGGGAUCUUUAGCGUAUUAGCUUAGUUCCAUGGUUAAAGAGGCUUUCAUUUCUAAACUCUUAAACUUUUAUGCAUAACAGUGAUAGUGUACAAAUACCUGAUCUCAGUUUUGUUAUUAUACAUGACGUUAAUUUAUAUAACAAAUAUUACUGACACACAUAUAUAUAUAUAUAUAUAUAUAUAUAUAUAUAUAUAUAUAUAUAUAUAUAUAUAUAUAUAAACUGAAAUCUUUCUAAUAUAUAAAUCUUGAAAAGCGUAUAAUUCCGUAUUGCGAAAUAGAUAAUUUCAGAAAGAAAAUAUUGCCACAUUUUCAAUAUAGUGAUAAAUAUAUCUGUAUGUGCAACAGAAAGAUGUUAUAAUUUAAAAGAUAUAUAUUUUUGAGCAGUGCCUUCGACAUAAAGAUAUAAUUGAAGAGCGUUUAUGUCAUUUAUAAAAUCUUAUGAAGAGCAUUUGUAAAAUUUUCAGUAUUAUAACAAUAUAAAAAUAUUUAUUUGUCAGAGAAAUAUUGUUGAGUAUAAAUAAUUUUAGUUGUAUGUACAAGUCGUUUCAUAUAUAUUCUUCACACAUCGUUCAUUGAGCCAAGCGCUUGAUCAACGCUCGCGCUUCUUAUUGCAACACGGAUCUGUAAGAUUUUCAUCAACGAUCUUUAUAUUGAGCGGUGGCUUUUCUUCCUUCGUAUUAGCAAUUAAGUCUUCGUCUUCGUCACGUUUUGCGGCAACACGCAUAAGCUUGUACUUCUCGACGGUCGUCGUAUCAGCGCGUAAAUUGUGCACGUCGAAGAUGUGUUCGCACUGUAUUACUUUGCUGUCUAUCGCGAAUGUACCGUGGCACGAUUUUUUUCUAAUGUAAAUAAAAUGUAAAUCCAUAA